AUGGUGGCCGACCCAUAUGAAAUGGUCUUCUACUACGCAUAUCGGCCUUUGUGGCUCUGCGCAAGAGCAAUUCAAUUCAUGCACAAUGAUGACAUCUCGCCUGAUCGCCCUCCCCUGCAUAUAUGGAUGCAGCUAGUGGAGGAGCUCGAGCAAUGGUAUCGAGAACGACCGCAGGAGUUUCAACCCAUGUUAGAACUAGAGAUGAAUGACCAUUUGGCUGGGCCGGAAAGGAGCUUCCCUUUUGUUCUCUUUGCCAAUGGAGCUGGCUUGUUCGGUAAUCAACUUUACCAUACAGCGAUGCUCAUCCUACUACAUAAUAAACCGCGCACUGCGCGGAUCACCGACUUUCACUCUGCUGCCAUGUCACCACUGUGGCAUGCGCAGCGGAUAUGCAGUAUUGCUCUCAACAAUGACCGACGGGAAUGCUGGGAUCCAUGCCUUCUGGCCUCAUUCUUUGUGGCAGCUCGUCGGAUGACCCACGAGUCGCAACAACAGGAGGUGCUGCGAGGGUUUGAUCACAUCCGCACGAUUACAGGGUGGAACGCCCAUGACUCUGUGCAAGGUCUGCGAGCGGAAUGGGGUCUUCUCGAUGAGACAUGA